AUGGUACUGGGAGGCAUAUGCGACACCUUCGGCCACCUAGGCCGCGCCUGGGCCGGCUCCGCCCCCCUCUCCCCGAAACCCUUCAUGCUCCAACUCAUGCUCAUCCUAGUCGCCCCCGUCUUCAUCUCCGCCACGCUCUACAUCACCCUCGGCCGCCUCAAAGAGUCCCUGCUCGGCCACCCACGGCGCAGAUGCAGCCCGACGAGCAUCUUCAUCCUCACGGACAUCGUCGCCUUCUGCACGCAGAUCGGGGGCUCUCUGGUCCAAGUCAUCGCGAACCCGAAGAUCAUGGAGAUUGGCGGCCACGUGGUGCUCGGCGGGCUGCUGUUCCAGCUGUUUGUGCUGGUGGUGUACUUUGCGCUCGUUGUGAGGUUUCAGAGGGCGACGCAGAGGGAGGUGAUUUACGUGGAGCAUUGGAGGCGGUAUGUGUGGACGCUGGUGAUCUCUGUGGUGGCUGUUUGGGUAAGGAACUUGGUGAGGGCGGCGGAGUUUGGGGAGGGGUGGUAUGGGUUUGUGAAUCAGCAUGAGGCGAUGAUGUAUUUCUUUGAUUCGUUCUUGAUGUUCUCGGUCAUGGUUGCGUUUGCUGUCUUCCACCCUGGCCAGCUGAAUGAUUCGCAAGGAAGUAUGUCCAAGGGUAGGCAACGCGUCACGUCUGAGCAGGUGGUUAUGGGUCCGUUCGGAAACCUAGCUUAG